CUGGGCUGCUCCUCGGAGAGGCAGGGCUUAAGUCGCGCGCGGGGCAGGAGCUCGGACAGCCCCGGGCCCCCGCCAGCCCCCACCUGGCACUUGUCUGUGUCCCUGUCAGGAUUUGUCCAGCGCCGCGUUCCCUCACAGGGGUGUGGGGGGGAGUCCUCUUCCCGACUAUCAAAAUGGUUAUCAAAGUGUUUGUUGCCACAUCUUCUGGGUCCAUAGCGAUUAGGAAGAAACAGCAAGAAGUAGUGGGCUUUCUGGAAGCUAAUAAAAUCGACUUUAAGGAAUUCGAUAUUGCUGGCGAUGAAGACAAUAGGAAGUGGAUGAGAGAGAAUGUCCCUGGAGAGAAGAAACCUCAGAAUGGGAUUCCUUUGCCUCCCCAGAUCUUUAACGAAGAGCAGUAUUGUGGGGACUUUGACUCUUUCUUCUCUGCAAAAGAAGAGAAUAUUAUUUAUUCGUUCCUUGGCUUGGCUCCCCCUCCAGGCUCAAAGGUGACAAAAUUGCCUGAGGAGGCGUCUUCCCUUCCCAGUGGUGACAUGGCCGGAGAGGCACAGAGCGCUGCAGAGGGAACGGAGAAGACUGAAGAGAGUGGAGAGCACGGGGCAGAAAAAGAGGAGAAUGAAGAUGCGGGCGACCUCACCGGAUCCCAGGAAAAGGAUGAAGAAGAGGGAGAGACAGCCACGGAACAGAAUGAGACGGAAGAAGUAACAGAGGAGGGAGCAGAAGGGGACGCAGAGGAAGCGGAGGCUGACAAGGGGGAGGAAGAGGAGCCCGGAGAAGAAGAAGAAGAGGAAGGAGAUUCUUAGGCCUCCUCGUGCAUUGUGUGCCCGACUUUCCAGGAAAUCCAAGCCACGAAGCACCAUUUCAACUGUCUCCCCACAAACCGAACUCCACAAAAUACUUUGGCUGGAAGCUACCCCCGCUCCCUCAGCCCACCCAGGGUUCACCAAGGAAUUGUAUGAUCUGACACGGUUAGAUGUACACCCAUGUGUCUACUUAAUCAUAUCAGCAUGGAAUUAGAUGUGCAGACGACACACGCAUCCCUUCAUGGGCCUGACAUGUGGCCUUUGGUUAAUUUCUCUCUCUCUUUUUUUUUUUUUUUUUGCUCUGCAUGAAUAGACCUCGCUAAUACCCUCUAAAAAUGAUCUCAAAAUAGAGAACUUUGUAAAACGACCGAAGUGUUUCCUUGUAUGUAUCUAUGCUUCCUUUCUCAGAAUUAGCUUUCCAGAGAUCAAUCAUACAAAUAAAAAUUAAUAGCAAAUA